AUGGGGUCAAGAAAAACAAAUGCAAGAGGAAGACAGUUACAAGAGGUAAUCGAUGAAGGUUAUAUCCACUGUAUUGAUGAUGAUAGUACAACAUUUGAAAAGAAUGAUUAUGAAGAAAAGAUUGACUGGAUAUUAGCCAGUCAACCACUCCAUUCAUUAAUAUCAAACGUCGAAACACAUCCAACAAUCGGUACAUUAAGUGACCACAAACCACUAACCUUCGAUAUACCAAUUGAAACUGAACCCAAACCUGCAUCUCCACGAUUAUCCCUUAAUUUCAAGGCAGCAAAUUGGCCAAAAUUUAGAAGUAAAUUAAAUGAACAGCUAAUGCUUUGGAACAAACAUCGUCAUAUAACUUCAUCAUUGGAUAUCGAAGAAUAUACGUCGUUCAUUACCAACAGCAUUACUGCAGCAACACAAGAAGCCAUACCAACAUCGAAACAUCUGAAUACAAACAUUAAACUAAGUGAAGCAACCAAGCAUCUGAUCCAGCUCAAACAUAAAACUUAUCGUAAAUGGAAGAAGACUGGAGAAGAUAGUGAAAAACAACAAUAUUAUAAAUACAAGGUGCUAUUAACAAAUUCACUUAGAAAUGACAGAAAAUUAAACUUUAACAAUCUUAUGUCGUCAUUAUGUAAAAAGAAAAUGUAUUCGGACUCAGUAUGGCUUACAAUUCGCAAGUUCCACAACAAGCGAAUUAAACAAAGUGACUUUAACAACAUAAAAAAUAACAACGUGACUGCAACAACAGAUAAGGUAAAAGCCGACCUAUUUGCUGAAUAUUUUCAAAAUGAAGUCUAUGUUAAAGCUCCUGACACAUUACCGUUUCAUCAGCAGGUGACAAGACAAACGUACAACAUUAAAAACGGAUCUUCUAACAUGAAACUAAACAAGUGGAAGAAGAUCACAAUAAAAGAAGUCAAAUGGAACAUCAAACAACUUCGUAAUAGUUCCACUAGGCCUGACAACAGACACAACAGAUGCUUGGAGAAUUACACCAAAUCACUUAUCCAACAUCUGACCACAUUAUUCAACUCCAUAUUAAAUACGGGUUAUAUUCCAAGUGGAUGGAAAAAUGCCAACAUAAUACUGUUAUUAAAGCCCAAUAAAGACAAACAACAACCGUCCAGUUAUCGCCCGAUUAGUCUCCUUAGUUGCCUCGGCAAACUUCUAGAGAAAAUAAUCAAGCAACGACUGAUGGUUAUACUGGAAUGGUGUAACAUUCUACCAGAACAUCAAGCUGGAUUCCGACCUCAAAAAAGCACCUUAAACAACAUCAUAAGGUUAACAAAAUAUGCACAAAAUCAUCUGCAUUCAAUUGGUCGUCGUCGUUAUGCAGCUGUUAUAUUAUUCGAUAUAAAAGCUGCCUUUGACUUUGUCUGGCACGAUGGACUAAAUUAUAAAUUAAAUGAAUUACGUCUCCCACAAUAUUUAACAAAUUAUCCAAUCUCUUUUGUACAAAAUAGAACUGCUGCAAUCGAAAUUGAAAAUAUACUAUCCAGACCAUUCAACCUUAAUAGUGGUACUCCACAAGGAUCUCUGUUAUCACCACUACUUUACAUCAUAUAUACGGCAGAUUCGAUGAAUGCAAUACCAGAACAUACAGAACAUGGUCUAUUUGCCGAUGACACCGCUCUAUGGACAUCAUCAAACACAACAACAAGCCUUAGUUCCAGGCUACAACAAUCCAUAGAUGCAUUUCAAAGUUGGUGCAAAUCGUGGAAACUAAAACUACAACCAACAAAAACUGAACUCGUCCAUUUCACUGUACAUCCAAGAAAAAAGUAUAAAAAUUCAGUCACAGUCAAACUAGAUGAUAUAAACAUUAAACCAUCAAAUUCCACAAGAUAUUUAGGCAUUAUUAUUGACAAAACGUUGAAUUGGAGAAGCCAUAUCCAUCAUAUUGAAUCGAAGAUAGCUGGCCGUAUAAGUCUGUUACGGUUUUUAAAUAGAGCAGCUUACGAACCUAAUAACAAAAUAAUGUUAAACAUCUUCAAAUCAGUUGCAGGAACUAUUAUCAUAUAUGGUUAUCCAAUUCUCCUUACAGCCAACGACAAAAUAUGGGAAAGACUGCAAAUUAUGCAAAACAAAGCCAUUCGUGCUGCAUUAGGAUUACCCAUAUAUACAUCCGUCGAAUAUAUACACAAAAUCACCAACAUUCCCAAAAUUAAAGAAUAUGCAGUUAUACUUCUGCAACGUUAUAUUCAAACAGCAACAUCAAACAACGACGUCGUAUUAAAAAACAAUUUACAAGAAAUAUUUAACAAACUUUAA